AUGCCCAUGGUACAUGUUGCAGCACGGAGCUUCUUCGACGCGACGCUCAGAAGCCCCCGCUUUCACCAGUUUGAUGGUAUCUACCAUGAGGGCCCUCCGCCUGGUUGUACAGACGAUCCUUCUUAUCCCACGUGGCGCUUCACGCCUUCGCUUCGUCACGCAUCUCCCUCUGGGGCGUUCCUGGAGCUGUGCUGGAUGACCUGGUUUCGAUUUCCACUCGCCGUGAGCAACAAAAUUUGCGAGAUUUUCAGAUGGCAGCCUCUGGCUCUGCAGCCAGAACCUCUGCGUCCGGUUGGAGACAGUCCACGCUUCGAGUGCACGGACUCCACCAGCGUGGUGGAGACAGCUCUCUUCAUGGCAAGCCUGCACCGCUACGAUCCACGGGCUGAUCGCUUGCUUUAG